AUGGAUGAAGUUGGUAAAUACGAUGUUAUCCUUUUGGGCUUGGCGCAACAAAUGGAAGGUGGUGUGCCCCAGCUUUUAGAUGUAUUAUUCGGUUUUCUCUCACGAAAAACGGAUUUCUAUACUGGUGCUGAUAUCACGAAGGCUCGAGAAAUGGUCUUGAAGGCAUUUGAUAAACAUAGUGAAUCAGCAAAACAGGUUGCCGAAGAAACGAAAAAACGACGUGCUGAGGAGCAAAAGCGCUUGGAAGAACGACGAGCGGCACAGAGAGCAAAAGAGGAAGCCGAAAUGAAUGAACCACGAAUUCGUGAAAUCACUGAUGAAGAGGCUGCAGAACUUGAGAAGAUGAAGAAUGGUAACGUAAAAAUUCCAUCAGUUGCUGCAGAUAAUGGCAAAGAGAAGAAUAAAGAAAGUGGUGAGGAAGAAGAGGAAGAUCCAGACGACAAAGGAAAAUUAAAGCCAAAUGCUGGUAACGGUUGUAAUUUGGAGAAAUAUCAGUGGACCCAAACAUUAAGUGAAAUCGAGGUUCGAGUGCCACUCAAAGUUGGUUUUCCGUUGAAAGCAAAGGAUGUAAUUGUAGAAUUCGGUAAAGAAAAGCUGAAGAUUGGUCUGAAAGGGCAUGAGCCAAUAAUAAAUGGUUCUCUACGUGCAGCUGUAAAGGUUGAAAGCGCAACGUGGGUUCUAGAAGACCGUAAGACUAUUGUUCUUACUUUGGAAAAGAUGAAUGGUAUGGAAUGGUGGAAUCGGUUGAUGACAACGGAUCCGGAAAUAAACACCAAAAAGGUGCAACCUGAGAACUCGAAGCUUUCUGAUUUAGAUGGUGAAACAAGACAAAUGGUUGAAAAGAUGAUGUACGAUCAGAGGCAGAAAGAAUUGGGACUACCAACAUCGGAAGAGAAGAAGAAACGAGAUUUGUUGAAAACAUUUAUGGAACAGCAUCCGGAGAUGGACUUUUCGCAAGCGAAAUUUUCGUGA